AUGAUAAAUACAGAUGCAGAACCAAAAGUCAAUAUUCUAAAAGGCUCCAGCAUCUCAGAGCAAGAAAGGACCUGGGAACCAUCUAGUUCAACCCACUUAUUUUCCAGAAUCAACUCCAAAAUGACAACUCCAACUGAGUGUCUACACUGCAUGAAAUCAGUUUAUGGAAAGGAAUAUACAGUAAAGAACGACGAGGCUUACUGUAUCCCUUGUUAUAACCUGCUCUUUUCUAGCAUAUGUGAGAAGUGCAAGGGAACCAUUGGAUAUAAUUCAAGGGAUUUUUCCUACAAAGACCUACAUUGGCAUGACGACUGCUUCAAGUGUGCCAAGUGUAAUCGCUCUUUGAUGGAAAAGCCUUUUGCUGUCAAGGAUAAAGUCUUGCUGUGUACUGCGUGUUAUACUAAUGAGCAUUCCUCCAAGUGCUUCCAGUGUAAGAAGAUCAUUAUGCCUGGCUCCCGCAGAAUAGAAUUCAGGGGAAACGAAUGGCAUGCAAGUUGUUUUAUUUGCCAGUCUUGUGGACAACCUAUGGGAAAAAACCCUGUAAUGACCAAAGACAGUAAAAACUACUGUGUGCCCUGUUUUGAGAAGCAUUUUGCUCCAUUUUGCAAAUCUUGCGAGAAGGUGGUAAGUGUGGGAGGAAUGACUUUCCACAACAAACCCUGGCACAAGGACUGCUUUCUGUGCUCUCGCUGCAAGAAAAAGCUGUAUGGAGAAAAUUUUUUUUCAAGGGAUGAUGAUCCAUUUUGCCAAGAUUGCUAUGCCGACCUUUACGCUCUGAAAUGUGAUGCAUGCGACAAACCCAUCACUGCUCUGGGAAAUCCCCAGUACGUCACUUUCCAGGAGCGCCAGUGGCACAGCGACUGUUUCAGAUGUGGAAAAUGCAACGCCUCCUUAGUGGGCCAAGGCUUCCUGACUCAUCAAGACACCAUUCUCUGCCAGGAAUGUGGUUCCAACCCAGAGUCUGAGAUCUGAGUGGUGCAACACUCCUUUCACCUGUGUUUCUUGAGGGUUUCACUCUCACUAAAUCUAGACCUCAACUGAAGUAAGAUGUUAUUGCUGUUCAGUUGUU